AUGAAGAAAUAUGAAUCUCCGCGUAAUUAUUUAACAACUAUAUGGACUUCAGAAUCGGUGUUUGAUACAGCUCAUGAUAGACGACGUUCACUUAGAGAAGCUUUAGGUAACCAUCAAGCCACUAAAUGCACACGCAUAAUGGCAACUUUUGUACCAAACGAAAUCAUCUUAGCCAAGGAUCUCACUAAAAAAAUUACGGAUAAAUUUAAUGCGAUUUUACUUCUUCUAGAUAUUUCAGAAAUGCUGAGAACGGUGAUUGUCGAAGAAAUAUAUACAACAGGUGGUGACAUUCUUAAAUUUUCUCAAAAUGCAAUACUAUCUUUAUGGAGGAUUCAUCGAGAUGAAUUAAUGAUAAACGUUAUACCAAAAGUAAUAAGUUGUGCUUUACAUUUACAAAAAUCGUUAACUAACAUCGACAGAACAGAGAAAAUAAUGUCAAAAAUUAAUGCAGUGAUUUCGGCUGGAAACGUGAUAUUUGGUAUCAUCGGAAAUGAAUUAUCACGACAUUAUAUUAUCACUGGUCAACCAGUUUUAGAUUUAAGAAAAGCAAAGAAAGUUUGUCUACCCGGUGAUUUAGUUUUAUCUAUGAACGCGUGGGAACAUUGUAUACCUAGCCAAUAUAAAUAUAUGAUCAAGGAUGAGUAUAAUAUAAUAAUUAAAGUAAUACAAGAUGACAGAAGAUUAGGAAAAACUACUAAUUCGAUCAGACCUUUAAUUUCGAGCGUAUCCAAACGAUGGAAUCGUAAAAUUAUGCGAAGAUUAUCUGAGGUAUUGCAAAAAAAAACUGCUGUCGCGAGAGAAGAAGAAAGUAGUAGUUCCGAUGAAAGUACAGACAAUAGAAUAUUUUCAGCACGAAAAUUAAUGGUAGAAGCAAUGAAACGUAAUAUGGCUAUUCAAUUAAAAAUUUAUCUAAUACAUGCGGUUGCCGAACAAAUCACACAUGACUUACCGUUGGAACAUUUAAUGGAAACAAGACGAAUAACGAUGGUUUGCAUAGAUAUUAUAUCCCAUGAUUGUUCAAACUUCGAACUUAUUUAUUUGGUAGACGAGUAUUACUUACUUUUACAUGGUAUUAUCAAGCCUUACUCGGCAUGUAUUUACUUAAUGAAUUUGUAUGACAAUGAUAUAUUAUUUUCGAUCGUUUUUGGAUUAGAAGAAUCGAUAGACAAUGUAAAUGAUAAUAAUGAAGAUAUGACGAAAAAUGCAAUAGUGUGCGCGUUUAAAAUAUUACAAGCGCUUAAAAAUAAAUGUAGUAUACGUGGUGUAUCAAUUGGGGUAUCUACAGGGAUGGCUUAUUGUGGAGUUGUUGGACAUAUCUCGAGAAAAGAUUACAUGAUCAUCGGCAUCCCAGUUAACAAUGCUAGGAGUAUAAUGGAAAUUUCAUAUGAUAAAGUAUGUUGCGACUACGAUACGGUAAUGCACAGUAGUCUAUGCAGAAAUGCAUUCAGAUCACGUGGAGUGCAGAAUUUAAAAAGAAGCGGGAGGUGUCACGUUUACGAAUUUCUCGGAAUACCUUCUAUACAACCAGUACCGAUUAACACAUCGAACGUGAAUUAUCGUUAUCCUAUUUUGGGUCGUUUUCAAGAACUAGAAACUUUUAAUGAUAUUUUAGACAAUAUCGGAGUGAUGGAUAGAAAUAAUUCUGGACUGUUAAUAACGGGUAACGAAAGAUCUGGUAAAUCAAGGCUACUUGAUGCUUAUGUCACCAUUGCUAAAAAUAGAGAAAUAAAUGUAAUCCAACUUCCUCUUCAUUAUUCUUAUUCGGAAAAAGAAUACACAGUGAUUUAUCAUAUUCUUUUAUUGAUACUCGAAGCAGAAGAUUGCAAAUCCAUUAAAGAUCGUGAAAGAGUAUUAAACAAGAAAUUAGGUUCGUUUCUAUUUUCAACAGAAUUUUGUUAUCUGAAUACUUUAAUGAAAGUUUCUUUCCCACUUUCUAAUGAGUAUUGUGCGGCUAAUAGUUGGCAACGUUAUAUCAAAAUGACGCAAAUAUUCAACAUUAUUUUAAAUCAAAGCGGAAAAAUGUGUAUAUUUUUGGAUGACUUUCAUUAUACCGAUUUGAUGUCAUGGCAAUUUAUAUCAUUAGCAUUAAACAAUGUUAACGUAGUAAUAGUAAUAACUUCAUUAAUUCCACCUUUGGAAAUUGGAAAAUUCGAUAUUGAGGACAGUGUUUUUGAAGAUAAAAGAUUAAUAAAAAGGACUUUGCAAGGAUUAGAUAGUCAAUUUUUAACUGCAUUUGCUUGCCAAUUUCUCAAUGUCGUCGCAAUACCUAAAAGUUUGGACGUGAUUUUAAAAAAACAUAGUCAAAACAAUAUAGGCUGGUGUGAAUUAUAUUUGAGUUUAACUUUGCAAAGUAACGGACUUGAUUUUUUAACUAUGACUGCCACUGAAUUAACAAAAUAUAAUCUUGUCUUUCCGGAAUCUUCCAUGAUAACAAAAGUGCCAUCUAAUUUGUUACCGGAAGACGUGAUACCAUCUUCCGAAAUAAAUACUUUUCAUGUUUGUAUAACUAAUGAAUUAUAUAUCGGUUUUGUUGACGCCAAUUUAAAUUACAUUGGUUUGAAAAGAACACUUUACGAAAGGAUGAAUUCUUAUCAGCAAGAAUUUAUCAAAUGUGCUGCAGCUCUUGGUCGAUUAUUCGUGCGAACGAUCGUACAAACUGUUAUGUUAAAUUCAACGGCAGCAUAUACAGCAAAAACUGUGUCCGAAUUAAUCCGAAUAAGAAUAAUAGAAUGUGCUUCUAUACAAAGAAGUUUAUUUUAUACCGAUGAUCAUUUAUAUGGUUUAUUUAUAAGAAGACAAACAUUUUCCAAUAUGCAUCAUUUAAUACAAUGUGAUUGCCCAUUAUCUCAUGAUUUCUCGAUACCAACAUUACCAUUUUAUUCUAAUUGCAAGAUGUUGGAAUUUAAAAUCCUCUCGUUUCAUAAAAUGUUAUACGAUAUGCUGCAGAAAGAUAAAAAAGACGAGUAUUGGAAGAGAGCCUGUCAGAUUUAUGAAAGAGAAACACAAAAAUGUCCAGAAUGCGGUGGCGGCUCCUUUUUUAGAAUAUUCUCUAGAAACUUGUCGGUAGAGAUGCCAUCAACUACGUCAUUAGUUAUGAGAGAACCAAAACGAAGUACUUUUAAAACUGAUAUUCAAGGAUCUAGUAGAACUGAUAGUUUACGUCCUCCUAGAGUAUCUAUCAUGCCAUUUUUUGAUAAUGAUAAAGAAGAGGAACAAGUAGAAGAUUUUUCAUCAGACGUUAUCAGUGUUUCAAGUAAAAUAGGAUUGCUAUUCGAUAGAUCUAGAUCUAAAUUUUUGAGAAGAGCUUCUGUUACACCCGAAAAAAUAAGUGAUCCUUCUCGACACAUUCUUUUAAGAAAAUUCACUUCUAUCGAUUAUAGAAACUGUCAUUGUUAUGACAAAGUUAAUUGCAUAUUUUGGCAAUUGAGUCAAUAUAUCAAACAAAUAGGAUCGGACAAAGAUAUUUUAGAAUUUUUGAUCGGAUAUAGUGCAGGAUUAAUUUACAUUGCAGAGCCAUUAUUUGCUUUGAAAUUUCUUGAAAUGGCUGAAAAAGUAAACGAGAAUAUUGAAAGGAAGUGUCAGGAAGGAGAAACGUGUGACAAAUACCCGAUGAUUAAUAAAGGAAUGAUUUUGAAGUUGACAGGUGAUGCUCAUAUGGCAUUAGGUAAUUAUUCUAAAGCAAAAAUAACAUAUACCAAAGCAGUAUCAUCGCAAAUGACUAUACCUCGAUCAAAAUUAGCUAUUUCUUUCGAUAAUUUACAAUUGGCGUCUUAUCUUCGACGACUUUCUUCAGUUCUUAUGAUAGAAGAAGAUGAAAAAUCUGCACAAUCGUUCAUCUUACAAAGUCUCAGAUUAGGAUUCGAAAAUUCUGGUAAUUUUUCUAAACAGGCUCAAAUUUAUCUUGCUGCUGUAGAAGUUUUACGAUAUACGGGUGACUUUAGCUUCAUCAAAAGUCUCGAGUAUCUAAUGAUGGAAAUUACGAAAAGAAAAAUUUAUUGGUAUCGUGCCGAAGAUUUAACGCUUAUGACGAGAAUAUUUAUGGCGAUGUAUGAAAUCAGAGCUUUGAGAGGUGAAUUUCAAGAAGCUAUUAAAUUUGGUAAAAAGAUACUUAGAAUAACAAACACCAUGAAACUAACCCACGUGAAACUUGCUUUGCUGCCGUCAUUUAUAGAAAUCAUGAUGUGGACAAAACAUAUUAGCGAAGCAAUUGAUCUCAUAAAAGAACUCUAUUAUAUAUCAGACGAGGACAUCGAUAGUUCAGCUAUUACCUGGUAUUAUGCUCUCAGCUUAGAAUUUCUCUUACAAGCUGGAAUAUUUUUGGAAUCUUAUGAAUCUUGUCUUCGCCAUGCCAAAACACUCGCCACUUGCAAAACUAAAGGCUGCGUUUCUCGCGAUCCAGAAUGUCUUACUCGACUUUUAAGUGGUUUAUGGAUUUGGCAAUUGCGAAUGGGAUACAGAAUUGAUGAAAGUUUCGAAUUAACCGUAGAUAUUUAUACGAAAAGAGUUAAACACGAUAUAUUUUCAACAAUAAUUACUUGCGGCCAAGGCUUGGAAUGUUUUCUUCUAGUAUUAAUUCGUUGUAUAAAUUUAAAGAAAGCUAGUCAACUGAUAGAAAUCCUUAACGCAGUGCAGAAAAUCAUAAAAACACUCGAUCGUGUUUCGAGACGUGCACCGUUUAUAAAACCACUUCUUUAUUUUUUAAAAUCCCAUAUGAAUACGAUUCAUGGUAGAAAAUCAAGGAGAAAAUUCAACCUGCAUAAAGCAGAAAAAUGGUCACGUUUGCAAGAGAACAAAUGCAUGUCUGCAUGGAUCUUACAAAAUAAACGGGCAAUGACGGUCAGUAAUCUCGGAGAAUACUGGAUGGAAAAUCUCGCAUAUAUGUAUAGUAUUCACUGGCAAGAUAUUCACAAAUUCGAUUUACGUUCUUGGGCAUCCAUACUUUAUCCUUUACCUAUUCCAAAUACGCACUUAUAAUAAAAAUACAUGACAUAUGACUGUCAUCCUGAUUUAAAAUAAACUUCAUGUUUUAUAUAGUAUAUAAUAGAUUCUCGUAUAACGUGAGUUUCUAAAAUAUGAAUUUUCUUAUCAAAGAUAUUGCGAUUACUGUUUCCAUAUAACGCGAUUUCUUUUACAACGCGUUAUAUAAUAUUAUGCUAGAAUUCCAUGCACUUAAAAAGUACAUUUGUAUGCAUUAAUUGAACAUUACAUUGUAAUUUUCAUCGCUAUCAACUUUUUCUUUUUCAUAUUAUUUUU